AAACACUUGGUGGCAUCUUGCGGGGAAAGUUGCGUCGUGAUGAGUGGGAAAAUGUAUUAAACAGUGACAUAUGGAGGUCAUCUGAAGAUAGAAGUGGAAUUCUUCCUGCUCUGAGAUUGAGCUACAAUCAUCUUCCUUCUCACUUGAAGCGAUGCUUUGCUUAUUGUGCUUUGUUCCCUAAAGACUAUGAAUUUGACAAAAAGGAGUUGGUCUGAUUAUGGAUGGCUGAGGGCCUAUUGCAGCAACAGUCACAUGGAAAGAAGCAAAUGGAAGAGGAGAUUGGUCAUCAAUAUUUUGAUGAGUUGUUCGUAAGAUCACUCUUUCAACAGUCAAGUAGAAAUGAAUUGCGGUUUGUGAUGCAUGACCUCAUAAAUGAUUUAGUUGUAGAUGUUGCUGGAAAAAUAUAUUGCAAUCUUGAACGUAACAUGGGUGAUGAAAAAUUAGAGAAAGCUCGUCAUUUGUCAUUCACUCCACAUAUGUAUGAAAUCUCAGAGAGAUUCAGAGUCUUGGAUAAAUUGAAGCAUUUGAGAACAUUCUUGCCAUUAGAAGCACACAGGCUCUUGUAUUUGUCUUAUAAAAUCUUGCAUGAUUUCCUACCAACUUUGACUUGCUUAAGAGUGUUGUCUCUUCGCGGCUAUGAGAUUAGCAAGCUACCAGAUUCUUUUGAAAAUUUGAAACAUAUGCGAUACAUUGAUUUGUCUAGAACAUCUAUUGAACGUAUACCUGAAUCAGUGGGUUCUCUUCUCUUGUUACAAACACUAUUAUUAUGUGGUUGUUCGAAGCUUAGUGAGUUGCCUAUGACAAUUGGGAAUCUAAUUGAUCUCCAUCAUCUUGAUAUCACUUAUACAUCAUCUUUAAAAAAUAUGCCAUCAGGAAUAGGCAAUCUCAAAAAUCUUGUAACAUUGUCCAAAUUUAUUGUGGGGAAGGCAAGUGGAAUGAUGACAAGAUUAUCUGAUUUGAAGAACUUGCCACAAAUUCGAGGAAGACUGUCUAUUCUAGAUUUGCAGAAUGUUUUGGAUGUUCAAGAUGCUAGAGAGGCCAACCUAGACAAGAUCCAUGGUUUGGAAGAGUUAGUCUUGGACUGGAUUACUUUUGAUUCUGAUAUGGAGUGGACUACUUCUGAUAAUGAUCUGGAUUCUAAUUCUAAUCUGGAGUGGACUACUUUUGAUAAUGAUCUGGAGCGGAAUCUAGAGCGGACUACUUCUGAUCAUGAUCUAGAGUGGACUACUUUUGAUAAUGAUCGAGAUGAAUUAGUCCUUAAAAUGAAAGUCCUUAACUGGUUAAAACCUCAUUCAAAUUUGAAAAGUCUCAAAAUUUCUUGCUAUGAUGGGGAGAAUUUCCCUCUUUGGCAUGGCUCUUUUCCGUCACUGGCUGAAUUGGUGUUUAGAAACAUGCGAAAGUGGAAGGAAUGGACUUCUCCAGCUGGAAGUGCAGGUGAAUUCCCUUGUCUUCAUAGGCUUGUGAUUAAAAAUUAUCCUAAGUUGUUAGGACAAUUACCCAGCAACCUUUCUUCACUUAAAGAGUUAGAUGUUAGAAGCUGCAAUGGAAAGCUUUUGAAGAGUAUGGGAGAUGCCCCCUCUCUUACUUAUUUGAGAAUUGAGCAAAUUUCAGAACUGACUUGCUUGCCUAUGAGCAUGAGUCUUCCAUCAUUGAAAGAGUUGUUUAUUAGAGACUGCAACGGGGUGCUUUUGAAGAGCAUGGUUGAUCUCACUUCCCUCACUGACUUAAUAAUAGCUGAUAUUGUAGAACUGACUUGCUUGCCUGAGAGUUUUACACAGUCUAUGACAGCACUUGAGACUUUGCGUAUUGUAGGUUGCAAUGAUCUUACUUGUUUGUGGGAGGAAGGGACAGAAAUAGAACAAAGCCUCUUGCCUUUCAAUCUUAAACAUCUUAGGCUUUACUUCUGUGGAGCUUUAGAGUCAUUACCCGAUGCAAUGAUGAUGAGGAUGGAUGGAAGCAGUAGCAGCAACACUAGUAUGUUGAUGUCAAGACUAAAAAGGUUGCAAAUUGGUUAUUGUGAUUCUCUCAAGUCUUUUCCAAGAGGCAAAUUACCCACCUCGCUUAAAUACUUGAGAAUAGAAAAUUGUAAAGGUCUUGAGUCUCUACCGGAUGUUGAUGGUGACUAUAAUAAUAGCGAUCUACAUUUGGAAAUAUGUAAACUUCCGUGUUUUUAUUCUUCUCAAGGUAGUUGUUAUCAGCUACCAGCUUUUCUCAAGGAAUUUAAAGUUGCUGCUGGUGGCGAGUGGUUGGAAUCAUUUCCAGACGGAAUGUUGCAGAAUUGUAUGGGACUCCAAUCCAUUAAAAUUGACGACUGUGAAAUAUUGAAAAGUUUACCCAAUCUUGAUUACGUCAGCAAUCUGGCUAAAUUAUCUAUUUGCUACUGUAAUGUUUUAGAGUCCAUACCCAAUCUUGAUUACGUCAGCAAUCUGAAGCAGUUGAUGAUAAAAAAGUGUAAGAAUUUCAAAUCCCUCCCAAAUAUGAUGUACCAGCUGAAAUCUCUUCAAAUCCUAUGGAUGAUAGACUGCCCUAGCAUCGAGUUCAUUCCAGAUGUGGGUUUGCCACCAAACUUAACAAAGCUUUCCUUAGGGUGUGAGAAUCUCAAGUGUGUGCCGAAUACAAUGUACCAGCUCACAUUGCUUCAGAAUCUAUCACUUUCAUGUCAGGUUUUGACGAUGGACCUCCAAAACCUUAAGUCUCUUCAAUGGUUGGGAAUUAAGCAGAAAUUUCCUCUGGAUAUUGUGCUGCCUUCUUCUUUAACCUCUCUUUGGAUCGAGGACGAAGAAAAUUUGGAAUCCAUACCUGGGCGGCUAUUCCAAAACCCAAGCUCCCUUCAAUUGUUAACUAUAAGUAACUGCCCGAAGCUACGAUCUUUGCCAAAGGAAGCCUUCCCUCCCUCACUUGAAAAACUAUUCAUCCAGAAGUGUCCGCAUCUAGAACGACAGCACUUUGAAGCUAAAGGAGACUAUUGGACUCUCACCUACGACAUCCCCUGCAUUAGUGUAUAUGAGGAAAAGGUAACCAGUUUCUUAAACUGGUUAGGUCGGUGAAUUUAAUUUGUAUUAAGAAGGAAAGAGGAAGUGGAUUCAGAUUUUAGGUCCUGUGAAGCCUUCAUCUUCCAAAUUGGAAGCUUAUAUGCUGUUAUUAAAUUUCGGGUCCUCUAAGCACAGUUUCACAGUCACGAUUUUCACACGAAAGGCCUGCUAAAGUUCAUGUGCCCAAUGGCAACUGGUGCACUCUAAAAACAUCGCACGUCUCUGGCUUGGUGGCCGGUGGGAAGCCAAAUUCUUCUCUGAUAUCAGUGUUUCCUCCGAUGAUGCUGCACUAGGUUCCUUGGAGAAGAAAACAUCACAGAACGUGACUUUUCCAAGUCGCUUUGAGGAAUUGAUGCUAGAGGUUUGUGACGAGACAGAUAUAUUGCUGAGCUGAAAAUGAAGAUUGGAGACUGAGAUGCAUCUGAAACGGAAUGUUGGGGCAACAAAAGCACCUUUGUCCAAUAUUCCCCCACGACAGCACCACCUAUUCCAGCUAAACCUAUGAAUGAGUCAGCUCCUAUAGUAGCUGCUGUUGCCCCAUGACUUCCCCCACCACCAAAAUCCUCUCCAGAGAAAGCCACUCCAUUUACAAAUGUCUCCUUUGGGAAGUCAUCAGAAUUGACUGGUAGAGCGAGCUAGCUACAACCAAUUGUUGAUGAGAUUAUUUCAAAGGGGAUGAGUGGUUGGCCCUAGCAUCGCGGGAAUUCACAACCACCAAUGAGCUUGCAAAAUGAUGUUCUUAGGCAAGCCAACCAAUUUGAAUUUUAAAUUCAAUAUUGCAGGACCUCAUGUUCUUCAUUCUGAAGAAUUGGGAAGAUUUUUGAAACAAGUAGGUGCUGAUGUUCAAAUGAGAUUUUUCUGUAGGCUGGAAUUGGAACCCAGAUGACCUUUUCCAAAUUAAACAAGCUUGUAAGCUGGAACUGAAACACAGAUGGCCUUUGCUGAAUUAUAUAAGCUUGUAAUUUGACUAAAUCAAGCUGCAGUUUUACAAGUUUUUUAUUUGGGAAAGCAAAACUUACCCUAUUAUAUAGACUUUUACAUCUUUGUGUUAUUAAUUUUACUUUGAUUUCAUUUCUGCAGUUCACUUAUCCCUCUUUUCUUUUUUAUGUUACAAUUGAUGCUUUCUGUAUGCUCUAAAUUCAAUUUAUAUUGAUAAAGCCACAACCACGAAUGAGCUUGCAAGUUGCAAAAUGAGGUUCUAAGGCAAGCCAGCCCAUUCAAAUUUUGAAUUCAUUACCGCAGAACCUCAUGUUUUCCAUUUUGAAGAAUUGGGGAAAGUUUUGGAACAAGAAUUGAAUUUUGAUUGAGAAGGAUAUUCUCAAUGGUACCCUCCUUUCCUACCAUGUUUUUUGGUGUUUUCCCAUCUAGACUGGCCUCUGUACAAAUUAGAUUUUUGCACUAGCUGGAACUGGAAAAUGGAUAUCACCAUUGCUGAAUUAAACAAUCUUGUAAUCUGACCAUGUUAAGCUACAUAUUCUGUAGACAUCAAGAAGUUAGUCCAACUUAGUGUCCAGAUGUUCCCUUAUUUGGCCCUCCCCUCAUAUUGUUCUUAUUUAUCAUCACAUUUCCCAUAAUUUUAGUGUCUGCUUCCUUGAAACUGUGUAACACCCAACUUAUAAUUAGUUCUUGUCCUGUUUUUGUCUUACAGCAUCUGAUUAAACCCUUUGCUGUUUUCAAGUCAACUACAGGAUAGUUAAUAGGUGAUUGAUCCAAGAUUCGAAGUUCAAGCCGCCCUUUUUAGGCAAGUUCUUUUUUCAAAAGUAGGAGCUGGAUGCUUUGAUAUUAACGCUACCUUUCAUGCAAGUGGUGAAGCUUCUGGAAUGUAUGAUGAGUCAGAAAUGAAUGAUCCAACAAUGUGCAUUGUGUUCCCUCUUUAUUCAUCUCAAGUCACAACCAAGAUUACGGCACAAACACAGUUGCUUUAACUGAUGCUUAAAAUGGAUUGACUAGCAAAGCAGCUUCAAGAUCUAACAACUUGAUGAAAAAUGGUGGUGCUCACAGGAUCCGUCAUAGACUCAUAGUUGUAGCUACGAGCUGCUACCCUCCAAAGAAUGCCCUCUUUGGACAUGGAUUUUUUGAGUUUUUGUUGUAACUUCCCCUGAUCAAUUCCCUUGAUCAAGGACAAUUCGAGGAUAUAUAUGAAAGUGGAUGGCAUAAUGCUUCGAGGCAGCAUUAUGCAAAAAUCAUUUCAAGGAUUUCUUUGUUGUAUAUAUCCAUACAUCUAGCAUUGAGAAAAGUCUUCAUGAACUCGUACAUGAAAAAUGGGGCUUGGACUUUGAAAUAUAUCAAGUCAGGGGAGCUUUAAACAAUGGCUAGUGGCUGGUUUUGAUCAUGAUUGCAAAAACAGUAGAAAGACAGUGAGAGUGAGUUGCAACAGCGGCAAGGUCAGUAGAGGAGUUAGUUCUGGCAGAUGAUCAACAGUGAUUUGGUCUCCAGUUUCUCUUGGAACAUACUCAGCACACUUGGUGAGAUUUAUCCCAAUUUGAUGGGAGAUUUUGACUUCCAGCUUUAUUAUGGUGAUGACUAUGACAUUAGUGAUCCAAGAAUUUAUUCUUGAUGAUUUAUUGUUGUGUACAACUUCUGGUGUUUCCUAAAGUAGAAAAAACUUUGUUGUUAAGUUUGAUUAUUUUCCGCUUAAGUGGGUAGAGGGAGAAGAAGAAUACUUGUUGAGUGUGGUAUUUGGUAACCCUCUUUGGAACAGUGUAUUCUACACAGAUUUUUUUUUUUAUCCAUGCAUCCCCAAAGCUUGAAAAGCUCAUUGUUAUCUUUCUAUUCCCUAUUCAAGUUCAAGUUGUUUUGUUGGAAAGGGAUUGCAGAGUUCAACUUUACAUUAGAAAUAUCUAUAUUGAUGAAAGCUCCACGUGAGCUUUCGAAAUGAUGUUCUUAGGCAAAGCCAACCUCGUAAACUCAUAUUGUUUUGAGCCAACAAUUUUAGACUAUUUGAUCAGGUAUAUAUGAUGGACCACAGUUGAUCUUUAGAGGCUCAUUUUCAGAUAAUUAAAUGUAAAUUGACCUUCUUCCUAGCUCUUCAUUUUAAGAAUGAAAUUGUCCUUGGGUA